UGACACUAUCCUCCUGCCACGGAAAGGCCUCCUGACAUUCUCUCCCGCAUGCACGAAAUUCCACUACCUGAUGUUUUUCCGAUGCUCCCAAACCAACCGCGAUCAGAUUCACCACCCACAACUCACCAACCCGUCGUCAAAGCAGAGCAGAGCAGUCACCCCUCACCAACACGACAAGAGCGCCAAGCUAACAGCCCCUCGGCUCGGCUCCCGCCAUCUAUCCAUCUAUAAAUGCGGUAUCCCCAACCAACCUCCAGGAUCCUGAUCGAAAGUUGAGAUUUUUCCCGGUUGAUAGCCCGGACAUCCAACAAGAAGAGCCGCGUGCCGGCGUGCGUGCGUGAUCAUGAAGCCGCGUGCGCCUCCGGCGGCAGCGGCGGCGUCUGGCGUGCCGGCCAGGCUCCGGCCGCACCUCCCGCGGGUCACCGCCUUCCUCAUCGUCUUCUCUGUUGGCUACUCGCUCGGCAUCGUCUCGUCGUCCGCCCGCCCGCCCACGCCCAAGCCGUCGCAGACUGUCAUACGGCCGCACGCCGCGCACCUCACCGCUGCCUCCUCCAGCGUCCCCGCCUCGUCGAACGGCACGGGCACGAGCUACCCGCGCUCGCCGCCGCACGACCUGUUCAGGUUCGGGGACGAGUGCGGGCAGCCGGUGCCGGCCGAGGACGUGGUGAAGACGCUUCUUGAUAAGCUGUUCGACGGCGAGAGCCCGUACGCGAGCUUCCCGCCGGCGCACACCGCGGCGCUGCUGCACCCGGCGGCGGCGCGGCCGCGCGGGUGGGGGUCGACGGGGGCGGUGUUCGCGGAGCUGAUCGAGGAGGUGCGGCCGGACGUGAUCGUGGAGCUGGGCGCGUUCCUGGGCGCAUCGGCGCUGCACAUGGCGGCCGUGGCCAGGAACCUCUCGCUGUUCCCGGCCAUCCUCUGCGUGGACGACUUCCGCGGCUGGCCGGCCUUCCGCGGCCGCUUCCGCCGCGACGUCCCGCAGCAGCGCCACGGCGACGCUCUGCUGCUGCCACAGUUCAUGGCCAACGUGCUCGCCGCGGGGCCCGAGGCCGCGGCCACGGUGCUGCCGCUGCCCUUCUCCACGGCGUCCACGCUCGGGGCGCUGUGCCGGUGGGGCGUCUACGCGGACCUCAUCGAGGUGGACGCCGGCCACGACUUCCACUCGGCGUGGGCGGACAUCAACCUGGCAUGGGCCGUGCUGCGCCCCGGCGGCGUCAUGUUCGGCCACGACUACUUCACGGCCGCCGACGACCGCGGCGUCCGGCGCGCCGUCACGCUCUUCGCCAGGGUCAAGGGCCUCACCGUCCGCCCCCAUGGCCAGCACUGGAUCCUAUCCCCGAAGCCGCGCGGCGACGGCCGGUGACCAGGCGCUCUCGGUCUCUCCGGUGUGUGGAUGUGUGCUCGUGCUUCUCGCCGUCGCCGGCGGGCCCGGACACGCACUCUCGCCAGCCAUCCAGUGGAAACCGCGGAAUUAAUCUCACCAUACGUGUCCACGUCCAAAGCAGGAUGACAUGUCCCAAGCAGGAUGAGAAGCUUACCUACGUACCUUGUCCCGGUCUCUGAACUUGCGAGGUGUUCGUUCGUUCGUUCCAUCACAUUUUCUUACACGAGAAAACAACAAACACGAUUGUACAUCAAAGGUAGAUGAAAAGCUGUUGUGUCAUGUCUGGUGGUAACUUACUUACUUACUUAUCGAUCAA